AUGCCGCCCGUCACGCCCACAAACAGCUGCCCAUGCCCGCACCCGGCGCCGCACCACCGCCACUCCUCCACGCCCCGCCGCAGCCUCGCCUUCACCCGCUCCUCGUACAGCGCCCACUUCGAGCGGCACGCCGAGGGUGCCGGUGCGGUCGGCGGGGCAGCUAUUCACGGCGGCCGCGGUCCCGGCGUGACGGGUCAAGCAUUGGCUACAUGCGGGCUGAUGGCGCGCGGUAUGAUACGGAACCCGCGGCGGGGGAAGUCGCGGCGGGGGCGGGCGGCCGCGCAUGCCGGGCAGCGCCGGCCGGGGCGCUGGAGGGUGUCUGCGCGGGUGUUGGCACCAACCCAAGACCGAGCAGCAACAACCGGGGACCACUACACACCCCAGACCCGUUCUACCAAGCUCGGCCUCGCUAGCACUGGCACCCACCGGACCCGGUGCAUCGGCACAGCGGCGAGAAAAAAGAGCGUUAAUCCUCGCCGCAAGACCCUUGACCGCGCGGGCGAGCCACGGGGGUCGGAACUGGACUCUCAGCCAGGUGCCGGUCCCGACCCAGCCGACGGAGCGGAGGAGACAGACGGCUAUAAGAAAAUUGUAUUCCGCGGCUUGAACGAUAUGGCCGCGCCUAUUGCGCCGCUUAAACGUGUUUGCGCGAAUGCUACGCAGCAUUUGGUCACUCGUCGGUGUUCAAUGAGGAGGGGCGACAUGGCAGCUGUGCGAGGGGCGGUGGUGCACUUGGACGGGUCGGGCUAG